AUGUCAUAAUAAGGAAAAACAUCGGAUUAGUUUGAGCUUGGAGAUAAUUCACAUCUCUUCCGGAAGCAAAACAAGAGAACUCUUCACGAAGUAGAUACUUUGUUCAGUAGAUAAGAGUCAAUAAGAAAGUAGAUCGGAAACGAUAGAGCUGAUCAAAUUGAGAGAAACCCAGAUCUUUUCUGCAAUCAUGAAAGGUAUCGUAUUUACCAACACAGUGCUAUGUUUUGGACUACAGUAUCUUCCCUAGUAGGAUUGCCAGCUAUAUUUACUGCUCUUAAUGGAGGAAGAGGAGGUUCAGAAUGGGCCAGGAGAAACGGUAGAAUUUCUUUGGUUGUUGGACUUUCUUAUGCCUCUAUUAACUUUUUGCUGUUGAACAGGUACAAGGGCUUCAGAAAUGAUGAUUACUUGUGCCAUCUUUAUGCAAAGAAUCAUAAAAUGCUUAGAAAUAUCUUAAUCAAGGAAUGA